AAUAACCCUCUUGCACCACGUGAGCGGAAGUAUGUGACAUCAUCAAAAUAGUGUACGCCUGGGUAGCGUCUGUUACCCUGCCUGGAUUACUACAUUUAGGGAUCGUUUGAAUUGCAAACGCUAUGUUCCGUUUCAUGCGUGGCGUUUGUCGCUUUGAUUGACCGCUCGGUAUCGAGUGCGACGGCUCUGUUUAUUUCUUCUAGAUAUCGAAAACACUAUGGUGGAGCAGUCCGACCGCGCUCCGCUGCUGGACUGGGAGGAGGUUCCCCCGGCCGAACUUGCCCCAACGGCUCCAUCACCGGAGACUGAGGAUUCAGUGCAGUCUGGUCUGUCUAGUUACCCGACCGAGGGCGGUGUACGGGCAGACAUCUCCCUGAAUGCAAGCCCGGCGACACCGAGUAGUGUAACAGCUGUUUCAGAUGAAAGUGCACACUCUCCCCAGAAACACAGCGGCCCGGGAGGAGAUGCUUCCGCCGCUGAUGAAGAGGGAGACUGCGCCUUUCAUGGACUGUCAAUCAGGGAUCGGAGGAUCGCUGGAUGGGAAGAAAAAGAUCAAAUUGUUGCAGUGUUUGUUGUGACUUUCGACACAAGAUCUGGGAACAUGAUAGAAUGGUGCCUACCUCAAGAUGUAAAUCUGGAGGGAGUAGAGUUCAAGUCUAUGGCAAGCGGCUCUCAUCGGAUCUCAAGUGACUUCAUAUAUUUUCGUAAAGGCUGUUACUUUGGACUAGCGUGCUUUGCCAACAUGCCCGUGGAGAGUGAGCUGGAACGAGGAGCUCGGAUGAAAUCUGUAGGGAUUUUGUCUCCUUCUUACACACUGCUAUACCGUUACAUGCACUUCCUGGAAAAUCAAGUCCGGCACCAGUUGCAGUGCCCAGGUCAGUAUUCUCCACUGGAAGCUUUCUAUGAGGACAAAAAAGCAGUGUUGCCUCUGGGAGGAAACGGUUUGGUCACAGCCUGCCCGACCAGUGCUCUUGGGCCCAUGGUCAACCGCUGCAUGCAUCCAGAGAUGAAGAUCACGCACCCAGCUGGCUGCAUGUCCCACUUCAUCCGCUUCUUUGGAGAGCAGAUCAUGGUGCUCUGGAAGUUUGCUUUGCUCAGGAAACGCAUCCUCAUUUUCUCUCCUCCCCCUGUCGGUGUGGUCUGCUAUCGGGUAUACUGUUGCUGCUGCCUUGCUAAUGUAUCCAUUCCUGGGAUGGGCGUUUCUGUUCCGGAGUUCCGCCCUUUCUUCUACAUCAAUGUUGCUGACAUCUCCGCUCUUGAGACUGAGCCGUCUUACGUGGCCUGUACAACAGAGAAGAUCUUUGAGGAAAAGAAGGAGCUGUAUGAUGUGUACAUUGACAAUCAGAAUGUAAAGACACAUAGAGAGAGCCUCCAGCCUCUGCUUAGACUCAACAGUGCGGACAGAGAGAAGUAUCGCAAGCUCUGUGAGCAAAGACAGUUGCUGCUGUACUCUCAGGAGGUGGAUGGAGACUGCACUUCUAAUGAGGAAGAGCUCUUCAUUUUGUUCUUCAUGGAGCAGAACAACAGAAUCUUCCAGACCCUGUCUGAGGUGGCAGGGAGCGCCGAUCCUACCCUGACUGCUGAACACGUGAGAGCCAUGGGGCUGGAUCCUCAGGGUGACCGCAGUUUUCUCGUCGACCUGCUGGAAAUCUACGGCAUCGACGUCAUGCUGGUUAUCGACAACCCCUGCUGCCCGAGCCAUUCCUGACCCCUCUGGACCGCACUGAUACUGCUAACACCAAAAGGUGCAAUCCAUCUGCAGGCUUUUUGUGCACUCUGCAGCCAGGCAAUCCAGUGACGUCUUUCUGCUUGUCUAUCUUAUGUGCUUAGUGUCCUACCAGCCAUCUUGGAUUUCUUCUCAACUUGUUUCAAAAACAUGAUGAUCUCUGUGCCUCUCUCUACUGCUUUUUAUUGUGUGGUCUUCACCUGUGACUUUGUUCUUCUAGCCAGUGCUGUCUGGGGGAACUGAAGUGAAUAUAAAUCUGCUUCACUUGGACACCGGAGAAUUGGAAAAACAGUCCGUCAGCGGGGAACUCUCACUUCCCGGAUCCACGUAUUUAUGCUGGUAACAGCGGUUUAGUAAAGUCUGCUUUGAAUGUCAGAUCUGUAUUUCUAAAACUUUUAUGGAUGUUGCAUAUUACACACAUUACUGUGAUGGUGAAGAUUUUCACAGUCUUUGCCACAUUUUUUUAACUUAAUCAUGUACAUGUAAACAGUCGUUUCAUUUUGGGAAAAAACAGACAUCAGUCUCUUUUUGUUGUGUUACUUGUGGAUUUUUACUGUGCAUGGACAAUAGACACAAUCUGUUCCCUACUCUAGUUUGGCACAGCACUUAAUGACUUAUAUGAAUGGGGGUGAACAACAGUGUACCCAAAUGUUAUCUGAUGAAUGUGGCUGUCAUUUCAAUGCUGUCUAUGCCAUUCUCUUGUUUAAGCAUUUGCAAUUAUUACACUUACUAAAUGGACUGAAAACUACUGAAUUUAAACAUAAAAUGUGUAUUUGUUCAUUCUUGACACUCUUGGUACUGAAUGUAAAUUGUACAUUUAAUGCACAUAUGAUUUAAACAGACACAGAAAUGUGACCUUCAGCUUUUGGAGUCCCUUAAUCUGUUCUGAAGAAAUGAAUGUGAUUCUAUUCCUGUCUGUUAUCAGUGAAUGCUCCUGAUUAUUAUUUGUUAAAGACUUUGAAUAUGUAUUAUUAUUUUAAUGUAUUUGGGUCGAUCAUUUCUGGAUAACAGCAGCAAACUGGCCUCACAAGGCUGAUCGAUUGUGGUUUUGUGUGCGUUUAUAUUUUCAUCCUGUAACUGGACACUUAAUUAUUCAUAAAGCUGGUGAAUUUUAAAAGAAAAUUUCAAUGGAAAAGUAUUUACUUGACCAUGAGUUUAAGUAAACCUUGAGUUUACAGUUUCCGUUUAUUUCAACCUUCUAAUAAAAUAAUUAAUGAUAAUCGAUUUCUUGAGAAUGAGUGCAGGCACUCAGGUUUGUCACAGUUUGAUGGAUGAAGAUCUUUAAAUUACAUUAAAUAAAAUAUUUAAAUUAACAAUAAAUACUACUGUUGAUUAUAACCUAGAUUUGAUUGAAUGUGAAUAUUGUUUUUACAUUUCUUAUCUAUCAUAGAACUUUCUAUAUUAUAAAUCUUUGAAACCAUCCUCUUGUAGGAUGUUGGUUGGUUAUUUAGUGUCCUAUUGUAAAUGAAUGGAGAUGUAUAUUAUUGUACAGGUUGUCUGGUGUUGUGUAUGUGCGAUAGUUUUGUGAGUUAUCUAAGUGCUACACAAGUCUUUGUCACAAUAACAAGCUUAAAUAAUGUUGGGUUUUACUCUACUGGUAUCACAAAGCACUAGUGUAAUGCCUCUGUCUUACACACUAUACCUAUACAGUAAUACAAACUAACAGCAUGUGUCUGUGGUUUUAAAGCCACUGAUUCUUAUUCACAUUUGGAAAUAAACGGUUCCUUCUUUUCUAUCA